AUGAUGCUGCGGAGUGAAAUGGUUUUACCGCCAAAGCUGUUUUUUGUUCGUGCGUUUCUGCUGCUUUUCUUAGUUUUUCAAAAUGUAAAUGCACAAAACUAUGAUAGUCGACGCUUGAAACCAUGUGAGCUGGAAUCGCUGCUCAGAGAUCUUACCUACCCGGACGAAGGUUACGAAAUGCAUGCCGUUGCACUUCGUAACCAGCUGCGACAUAUUUUGGAGCGUGAUCCGUCUGAAAAUUAUCAAAAUCUCGAUGAUAGUUCGGAAGUGAGCCGUGGUCCGUACGAGGACAAGCGGUCUUAUCGUUCGCUGUUGCGUGACGGAGCCGUCUUCGGAAAACGAAACGUGGGCGCACUUGCACGGGCCGGAUUACUACGAAACCAACCGGAAUACCUCAAACGAAGCUUGGCAACACUGGCCAAAAAUGGACAGCUACCAUCGCGUGACACCGAAUCCGAGGACACAACACCCGAUGGCGAAUGGAGUGAGGAUAAGCGGAAUGUCGUGUCGGCGUUGAAGUCGGGCUACAUGCUUAAUGGCAAGCGUAACAUUGCUUCGCUCGCCAGAAAGUAUGAAUUGCCCGGCAAGCGAAACAUUCAGUCGUUGCUGCGUACGGGAAUGCUGCCAUCAAUUGCUCCGAAACGUAACAUCCAAUCGCUUGCUCGUGAAAAUGCGCUCGCCGGAUAUGGAAAUGUUGAUAAGCGAAACAUUCAGACGCUGGUGCGCGAUUGGAGCUUACCGAAGCAACACAAUAAACUUUCCGAAGGCAGCAGUUCAACAGGUGAUAACGAGAAACGUAAUAUUCAAUCGCUGAAGAAUUCACAAGGUGGUGGACGCAAAAAGCGGUCGCUGUACUAUGACGAGUUGGAGGAGAGCAGCCCGGAAGUUUUGGAACCCGUCUACCAAACGGCUCCAUUGGACUACGAGGAGCUUAUGGAAGCGAUGGUGCAAACCUAUCCACUCUACAGUACCGACAAUCAUCUUGAAGAAAAGCGAUUUCUUGGCCUCAGAAGAAGCGAAGACACCACCAAUUAUGGAGAUGACAGAACGGACGCGGAUCUGCCAUUGCGAAGCACGCCACUCGUAAAGCGUCACAUUGCCUCGAUAGUGCGGUCCGGCUGGACACCAUCGUUCCGGCCGUCGCGUGGAAAUCGCUUCAGUCGGGCCGGCAGGGCGAGGUCGAAUCUUACUCCCGACCCGAGCCACUACGACAACCAACCAGCGGCGUAUGUAGACAAUGCAUUUAUGGAUUCCGAGGUACCGCUAGUUGGGGAGCUCCAGGGCUACAGUCCACGUGGGGUGCUGCGCCGCCCAGAGUUGCCGCGUUACACUGGCGAGGCCUUCGCGAGUCACCCGUACGUGCAGGAAGAGUACAGUGAACGUGUAAAUCCUUUCUACACCGAUGAGGAAUAUCGUUGCGCCAGCCGUCUCCGUAAGUUACUUUACUAUCUGAAAAAACAGUAUUACCUUGACAAUAAAUACAUUCAAGCAACUUAUGGUCGGAAUGCGGGUUACUAUAAGUAAGCAAACAAAGCUCGCAUGGUAAGGGCAU